UGCAGAUUUGGAUGUAAUCCGCCCUAUACUUCCUCAGUUACUUGAUGGUAUGUCAGUGAGUUCUUCAAACUUAUGAAUGAAGUUGAGAAUGAAGAUCUUGUUUCGACCCUCGAGACGAUUGUUGACAAGUUUGGCGAGGAGAUGGCUCCUUAUGCUCUUGGAUUAUGCCAGAAUCUGGCUGCUGCAUUUUGGAAAUGUAUAAACACCGCGGAAGCUGAUGACCCUGGUGCCUUAGCUGCAGUUGGUUGUUUGCGUGCCAUAAGCACAAUCCUUGAGUCAGUGAGUCGGCUUCCACAUCUUUUUGAACAGAUUGAGCCAACACUUUUCCCUAUCAUGCGUAGGAUGCUUACGUCUGAUGGACAAGAUGUCUAUGAAGAGGUUCUGGAGAUUGUUUCGUAUAUGACAUUUUACUCGCCAAAAAUAUCAAUGAACAUGUGGAGUCUCUGGCCAUUAAUGAUGGAGGCCCUUGCAGACGGGGCUAUUGAUUAUUUCCCAAACAUAUUGGUUCCAUUGGACAACUAUAUGUCGAGGAGCACUGAACAUGAUCUCAACUAUCAUGGCUGACAAACACUUAGAAGAUAGUGACAUUGAGUCUGCGCCUAAGCUCAUUGAAGUUCUAUUCCAGAACUGCAAAGGACAGGUCGAUCACUGGGUUGAGCCAUAUCUCA